CAGAUAUCCAUUCCAAAAGUUCUUUCUCUGUUGCAAUUUUAUCUAUUUUUCUCAUCUUCUACGUAAGCAAAGUAGCUGUAGCCGGGAAAUUAUUUCCCGCCCUAGGGAUGGAUCCCGUACAACUGGGUUUAAGAAAGGAAAAAUUUAGUCAUUUUCGUGUAUAUUGGCACGAUAACGCUGGCGUCACGAAUCCGACAACAAUUCAAGUAGCAGGUGCAAAUUCGACACAAGAUUCAAUAACUGGGUUUGGUGCUGUUUUGGUGUUCGACGAUGCUCUAACAGAAGGAUCAGAUCCAAGUUCCAAACGUCUUGGACGAGCUCAAGGAACGUAUACUUUAGCGGGCAUUGAUGAACCUGUGGCACUUGUGAAUGCCAAUAUUGUUUUCACAACUGGGAAAUAUAAUGGCAGUACUUUAGGUAUAAUGGGGAGGAACAUGUUGCUACCAGAAGUUAGAGAACUGAUUAUUAUCGGUGGUACCGGACUUCUUCGAUUCGCUCGUGGUUAUGUUGAAGCUCGGACUCAGCUUCUUAAUAUUAUAGCUCGACAAGUUAUUGUUGAGUACAACUUGUAUGUUUAUCAUUAUUGAUGAUCUUAGAUUUUUUUUUUCUUUCAGUUAUGCUAG